ACAAAUAAAACCUGAAGGUAUUAUGAAGUUAAAGUGUAAAUGUAAAAAAGUGGAAGUGUUAGCUGACUUUGUGAUAACGAAAGGAAACGUUAAUCCCAUUUUAGGGUUAAAGACUUGCGUAGAAUUAAAUUUAAUUAAUAGAGUGGAAAUGGGCUUGGGAAAAUUUUAUGAGAAAUGUAGUAUAGAGUUACGAGAUGAUGUAAAACCAGUGGUCAACCCACCUCGCAGAGUUCCCUUGUCAGUAAAAGACAAAUUGAAAGAUAAAUUAAAAGAACUGGAAUGUAAAGGUAUAAUUAGUAAGGUCGAAAAGCCAACAGGUUGGGUAAGCAAUUUAAUAAUUGUUGAAAAACCAGAUAAAAGUAUUAGAUUAUGUUUAGAUCCUAAGUAUUUAAAUUUAGCAAUGAAACGUAUCCCUAAUGUGCUAAUUCCCACCGUUCAGGAAAUUAUGACAAAUUUAUGUAACAAAAAAGUAUUUACAGUACUCGACUUAAAAGACGGGUUUUGGCAGAUAGAGUUGACAAAAGACUCGAGUGAUUUGUGUACUUUUAGCACACCUUUUGGAUCUUAUAAAUUUCAUAGAAUACCAUUUGGUAUAAAGAUCGCCCCUGAAUAUUUUCAGUACCUUAACGAAAAAAAUUUUGAUGAUAUAAGAGGAGUUACGGUUUAUUUUGAUGAUUUAUUAAUUAGUGCAGAUACAGAAAAAGAACAUGAUGAAAUAUUGAAAAAAGUUAUAGAGAGAGCAAGGCAAAUGGGUGUUAAAUUUAACAAGAAUAAGUUGCAAUUUAAACAAGAAAGUGUUAGGUAUUUAGGGCAUAUUUUUUCAAGUGAAGGGGUCAAAGUUGAUCCUGAGAGAGUGAAGGCAAUAGAGGGGUUAAAGGCUCCCGAAUCUAAAAAAGAGUUACAGUCAUUAUUAGGCAUGCUAAAUUUCUUAAGACCAUUUAUAAGUAAUUUGUCAGAAUUGACUAGCUCAUUAAGGGGCUUGCUGAAAGACAAUGUUGUAUUUGAAUGGUUACCAUGUCAUGAUGAUGCAUUAGUAAAUAUUAAGAAAGUACUUGCAAAUUCUCCAACAUUAGUAAGUUUUGAUACUAACAAAGAAAUAACAAUUCAAGCAGAUGCAUCCCAACAUGGGUUAGGGUGUUGCUUAAUGCAGGAAUUUAAACCAGUAAGUUACGGAUCUAGAAGUUUAACAAAUACAGAAAAAAAUUUUGCGCAAAUAGAAAAGGAAUUUUUAAGUAUAGUUUUUGCAACAUUAAAAUUUCACAAUUAUAUUUAUGGUAGGAAAAUAACUGUUAUUACUGAUCACAAACCUCUUAUAGGCCUGUUUAAAAAAUCUAUUGCAGAUAUAAGCUCGUCACGAUUAAAAAGAAUGAGGAUUAAAUUGUUAAACUAUGACAUCACAUUAAAAUAUUGUCCAGGUAAACAAAUGCACAUCGCUGACUGUUUGUCUCGUUAUAGCAUUAGUAAUUCACCGGUUGUAGAUCAAGCAUGGUUAGUUGAAAAUGUUCAUUCUAUUAGUUGGAGCUUGAAUAUAACUAAAGAAAAAAGGAUAGAAUUUCAGACUGCUACUGAAAGAGAUCCUAAUUUACAGCAAUUAAAAAACUACUAUGUUAAAGGUUGCCCAAAAUCAAUAAAAGAGGUUCCUGAUAAUUUAAAGGUGUACUUUAAGUUGCAAAAUGAAAUUGUUUUUGAAGAAGGAUUAUUGUUUUUAAAUUUUAGAGUUAUUGUGCCAUUAGAAUUAAGAAAGUAUGUACUAAAUUUAUUGCAUGAGCCACAUUUUGGUUUAGAAAAAACGAAAUGCAGGGCAAGACAGUUGGUUUAUUGGCCAGGUUUAAACAAAGAUAUAGAGAAUUGUAUUACAAAAUGUUCAGUGUGUGAAUACUAUCAAAGCUCGAAUGUACGACAACCAUUAAUACCGCAUCAAAUUCCAAAUCUGCCAUUUAAUAAAAUAGCUGCUGAUAUAUGUGAGUUUGGUGGAAAAUCAUACCUUAUAGUACAGGACUAUUUUUCUAGGUGGUUAGAAAUAUUACCUUUGCGUAAUAAAACAUCGGAGGAAGUCAUAGGUAAAUUUAAAUCUUUAUUUGCUACACACGGCAUUCCUAAAAUUCUUAUUUGUGAUAAUGUUCCUUUUGGGUCAUAUGAAUGUACCAAAUUUUCAAAAGAAUGGAAUUUUGAAAUUAGAACUAGUAGCCCCCGAUAUCCGCAAAGUAACGGGCAAGCGGAAAGAGCUGUACAGACUGCGGAACGUAUUUUAAAAAAAUGUAAAUUUGCUAAUAUUGAUAUAGAGGUAGCAUUAUUGGAAUAUAGAAAUUGCCCUAUAACAGGGUUACAUGUGUCUCCAUCCCAAUUAUUAUUUAGUCGUCGGCUUAGAACAAAAAUACCAACACACACUAAACUAUUAACUCCAAAGGUGCAAGAAAAUGUGAGUGUAGAGUUAGAAAAUAGGCAAAAUAAAUAUAAGCAUUAUUAUGAUCGCACGGCACAACCUAGAAAAGAAUUUAAUAAAGGAGAUUCAGUUACCAUAUGUAAAAAUAGAGUCUGGGAGCCAGCAACUAUUAUCAAAAAGCAUGAUGCACCCAGAUCCUAUUUAGUUAGGGAUAGUGAGGGUAGUAUUCUUCGAAGAAAUUCUAGUGUUUUACCAGCAUCACAAAAUGAUUAUAGUGACAUUGGUAAAACUGUGCCUCAAAAUGAAAUAGACGAAAACCUUGUUGAGAAAGAGAUUGUAUCUAAGGUUGUUGAAGAUAAAUCUAUUGUAACUAAAAAUGGUCAUGAACAUAAUAAUGUCUCUAGUAGUAUAAGUGACAGUGAAACAAAGGUAACCACAAGAAGUGGAAGAAAUGUUAAGUUACCAGAUAGGUUUAAAGACAGUUACAUGUAUUAA